AUGAGCUGGGAAACCUAUAUCCUUGACCCAGACGGCGAAGUCAAUAUACUUCUAGAAUACCCAGACUAUCACUUUGCACCUUGGAAUAAUCAUGAAGAACCGCCUGCUGAAGAAUCGCCUGCUGAAGAAUUGCCUGUUGAAGAACCGCCUGCUAAAAAGCCUCCUGCUGAAGGGCAUCUUGCUAAGGACCCUAUCAUCUUCGAAGAGCAACUUGAAGAGUGGCGUCUAGAACUGCUCGCUAAAGUUACUAUAUUAGCAGACUACUACCAGUGCCAAGCUUUAGUUCAAUAUUUCGCAGACAGAUGGAUCGAAAGCUUAAGGGUUAAUCUUUCUAUAAUAUAUUCCCGCGAUUCGAUACUCUGGAGUAGCAAUCGUAUAAUAAAUCUUGGGUUACCAAUUCUAGAACAACUACGUGAUUCUUUUAUAAGUGAAAGUCGCGGGUGCUGUUUUGAGUAUAGCUCAAUCAUACUCGGAGCUCUUACAAAACAAAUGCAUUCAAGUGCUCUACUCUCUCCACAAUCUCGACCUCCCUUUAUAAAUCUGAAUUACAACGAACUGGUAGAGACCGUGCACGCCUUCAAAUCACCGAAGUGGCCAGCUCACUGGCGUGCAUGUGAGGCUUCGUCUUUUUCUUCCCUGAUAAAUAUGCAGGAAAGUAUACCCUUGCAGGUCAAACAAACGCAAAAAGACACCUCUAAAAUUAGGCAUAAUUGCAGCUAA